AGCCACGGCCCGCGCCAGCCGCCAGCCAGCGUGAACAAACCACGACAAUCCGGCAAGAUGCAGCGCGCCGUGGCAGCUUCCAUCUCCUCUUCCCGCGCCACCGCGUGGGCGUCGUCCUCCGCCACCCCGCGCCAUGCCGGCGCCGCAUCCUGCUCCACCUCGCGCCACGCCGUCGCGCCUCUCCGGGUUCGGGGGCAUGUCCCCGUCGUUCCCCUGUCUCUGUCGCUGCUCUCUGCGAGAACUCGAACGGCCUUGGCUUCUGCCGCGGCGACCACGGCGGAGCUGCCCCCGGUGUCCGACGCGGCCGCCGCGUCGGACAGCGGCGGCGGCAUUGCGGGCGCGGUGCAGCUCGGCGCCCUCAUCGUCGCAUGGUACCUCCUCAACAUCUACUUCAACAUCUACAACAAGCAGGUCCUGCAGGCGCUGCCCUUCCCGCUCCCCUACACCAUCACCGCCUUCCAGCUCGGCUUCGGCUCCCUCGCAAUCCUCCUCAUGUGGGCCGCCCGGCUGCACCCGCUCCCCAGGCUCUCCGCCGCGCAGCUGGCCAAGAUCGCGCCGCUCGCCGCCGGCCACAUGCUGGGCACGGUGUUCACAAACAUGAGCCUGGGCGCGGUGGCAGUCUCCUUCACGCACACCAUCAAGGCAUCCGAGCCCUUCUUCACCGUCCUGCUCUCCGCAUUCUUCCUCGGAGAGUGGCCGUCGAUGCUGGUUCUGGGCUCUCUGGUGCCGAUCGUCGGCGGCGUCGCGCUGGCAUCCUUGACCGAGGUCUCCUUCAACUGGGUUGGAUUCUGGAGCGCCAUGGCAUCGAACCUGCUCAACCAGACGAGGAAUGUGCUCAGCAAGCGGCUUCUCGGCGGUGAAGAGGAGGAAUCCAUAUCCAUGGAUGACAUAAACCUCUUCUCGCUCAUCACCGUGCUGUCCUUCCUGCUGUCGUGCCCGCUGAUGCUGCUCGCGGAAGGGGUCAAGUUCUCCCCUGCUUACCUCCAGAGCACCGGCGUGAACCUGCAGGAGCUCUGCGUGAGGGCAGCGCUGGCGGGCCUCUGCUUCCACGGCUACCAGAAGAUCUCCUACAUGAUCCUGGCGAGGGUGUCCCCCGUGACCCACUCCGUCGCCAACUGCGUGAAGCGGGUGGUGGUCAUCGUGUCCUCCGUCCUCUUCUUCAGGACGCCCAUCUCGCCUGUCAAUGCGCUGGGAACUGGUGCUGCACUAGGCGGUGUUUACCUCUACUCCAGGCUGAAGAAGAGUAAACCCAAGAGUCAAUGAAGAGUAGCAGUAGCCUUUGGUCACAGUAGUUCUUCACCAAAGCGUUUUUUUUGUUUCUUCUCUCUUUCACACACGUGUUUUUGAGGUAGCAAGAUUAGGAAGGCAUAUGUUGAUGAGGAAAUGUACACCUGCCAGCCCCAGUUGUACACUUGUACUACGGGGCCACAGAUUCUUCUUUGAAUGAUCGCAAGAUCAGUCUUCUUUUGGUACUUAGAAGAGAUUGUAACAUAAUCCCUGAAUAAUCGCAGUCCUGAGAAAUA